AUGGAUAAUUUCACCGCGAUCGCUGAAUGCGAUAGUUCUUUCGGUCCCACAGCGACUUUUUGUAGCGACCGAUUUGACUUCACCUUGCUUUUUGAGCAAUCACUUCUCAACAUAGGACCGUCGGCGGUUUUGCUUUUGGCCCUGCCACUACGUCUCCAACAACUCUUUCGCCAGCGUCGUAAAGUCUUGCAACAUCCUCUUAACGCCGCCAAAAUCGCAGCAUGUGUCGCCUUUGGUGGUCUUCAAAUGGCUCUACUGGUGCUCUGGGCGCGAGCGCCGCUCGCCAACCGCGUCUCCAUAGCAGCCGCUGUACUAGGAGUCGUAGAUGCCCUAGCACUUGGAGUCCUUAGCCACACCGAACACGUUCGAUCCGUCCGGCCAUCGACCAUAAUUUGUUUGUACCUCAUGUUUUCUCUCGUCUUUGACGCUGUCCAUUGUCGCACAUUAUGGCUUCUUCCGGACUUGGGAGACCUGGCUGCUGUUUCUACUGCGGCGCUGGCUAUGAAGCUUACCAUGUUUCUUCUGGAAGCUCAGGGGAAGCGCCGGUUCCUCCUGGCCACUCUCCAACGCCUAAGUCCUGAAGCCACGAGCGGAAUAAUUAGCCGAGGAUUCUUUUGGUGGCUGAACGACUUGAUGACUAGGGGGUUCAAAGCUACGCUCUCUCUCACCUCUCUGUACGAUAUUGAUGAAGGAUUACAAUCUGAAAUACUCCUACAGCGAAUACUCCACGGAUGGGAGCAGCGCAAAGAUAAAGACAAGCACGCACUUCUUUUCGCGCUAUUUCACUCAACCAAGUCAGCCGUCAUAUUCACAGCGUUCCCUCGACUGAUGCUUAUCGGCUUCAAAUUCGCUCAACCCUUUUUGAUCAAUAGAGUCAUCAACUAUGUCGAUGGCGAUAGAGGAUCGGAUCCAAAGUCGGUGGCUUAUGGACUCAUUGCAGCGACCGGCAUGGUCUACCUAGGCUCUGCUUUGCUGAACGGCUUCUAUCAGCACAAGCUCUUCCGAUUCAUCACCAUAACUCGUGGCUCUUUAGCAUCCCUCGUUCUCUCAAAAAACUUAGACAAUGAUUUUAGUAGGGCAGAUGACUCAUCGGCUGCUCUAACGCUUGUUAGUUCUGACGUCAAGAAUAUUUGCAAGUCUUUUGAAGCUGUCCACGAAGUCUGGGCGAAUCCGAUCGAAAUAGGUAUCGCCAUAUGGUUGCUGCAAAGACAGCUUGGACUAGGAAGCAUUGGGCCGGCUAUCACAGUCAUAAUGUCUACGAUCGGUACGGGAAAGUUGGCGCAGCUGAUGCCCCCAGCCAUGAAAGUCUGGAUCGAAAACAUCCAAAAACGCAUUACGGUAACAUCCGAGGUUCUCGGAUCUAUCAAAGAAGUAAAAAUGCUUGGGAUGGUUGGGUUCCUCCAAGAAGCGAUCCAAAAUUUCCGAGUCAUUGAGCUUUCCAAGGCAAAGCAGUACCGUGCAAUGAUCACUUACAUGAAUAUCCUCGGUAAUAUACCAUCGAUGAUUGGCCCCGUAGUAACCUUCGGGAUUGCACUUCUUGCAAAGAGGGUCAACGCGGGGGCGUCGCUGUCUAUCGCAACAGUUUUCACUUCCCUGUCAAUUAUCGGUUUGAUGGCUGGCCCAUUAUCUCAACUGAUCGCAUCGGUUCCCAGCUUGUUCGCAUCGUUGGGAAGUUUUGAGAGAAUUCAGACCUUCAUUAGCCAGCCCUCGCAUUCGACUGGGCCAUCUUCAGUAAGCGAAGCGUCCGAAAGCAACAGCGAGCCAUGCUCUUCGGUGAAUGACCACAGUCUCGGCACAGUAACUACUCCUUCGAGUAAGGCAGAAGUUGCCAUGAUUCAAAACGGUUCUUUCUCGAUUAGAUCAGGAGAUGAGCCACUCCUGCACAGCGUAAAUAUUCGUAUCCUACCGUCAACGAUGACAAUGAUCAUUGGACGCGUUGGUUCUGGAAAGACAGUGCUGCUACGAGGUCUCCUAGGUGAGCUAGCCAUUACAGGUCACGUUAAAACCUUGGAAUGUAAUGUAGCCUACUGUGCUCAAACUACGUGGCUUGAGACCUCCACAGUAAAGCAGAACAUCCUUGCCCAGUCACCCCUGGACCAAGAGUGGUAUGAAAAGGUUGUAUAUGCCUGUGCGUUGGUGCCAGACUUCUCAACAAUGCCCGAAGGAGACGAAACAGUUGUGGGAGGCAAGGGGCAAUCUCUAAGCGGUGGUCAAAAACAGCGAGUCGCUUUGGCACGGGCUAUUUACGCAAGGAAGCCUGUUCUUGUUGUGGAUGACGCUCUUAGCGGGCUGGAUCCUUCGACUCAGAAGCAUAUCUGGGACCACGUCUUUCGUUCAACUGGCCUCAUUCGUGAGCUUAAGACAACGGUAAUUCUGGCCACCCAUUCAUUGAAUUACCUACAUGAUGCAGAUCAAAUUGUGAUACUGGGUGAUGAUAAACAAGUUGCCAACCAAGGAACCUUCGACGAUCUUCGUCAUAGUGCCUAUCUGGCAAGCUUGUCAUUGGAUGGCAGCCAUGGUAGUAGAGCCCACGAUAAGGUCGCUGCAAUUACACAGGAAAUGCAAGGACCAAACAAAAGCAAGAAAGUCGUCGAGGAAAAUGAUAGGGAAGCAGAUUUGCUUAGAAAGGCAGGAGACACUUCUCUUUACUGGUACUAUCUGAAGUCCAUUGGCUGGCUUUAUGGUUCUGCUGGCGCGAUAUUUUUAAUCGGGGAUUGCCUGGUCCGCAUCUUUCCACAAAUAUGGCUCAAAUACUGGACCGAGGAUGAUGCUAGAACUGGUGGAGCAGACACUGGCAUGUAUUUUGGCAUCUACGCUGGCAUGUCCAUGUUUGGGUUGGUUAUCAUUGGAAUAAACAUAUGGGUUAUGUUCGUUAUGAUUGUGCCAAAGUCGUCGCAGAACUUGCAUUGGAAGCUGCUACGGACCGUCAUGAGGGCACCCUUAUCCUUUUUUAUCACUAAAGAUACAGGCGAUUUGAUAAAUCGGUUCAGUCAGGACCUGUCUCACAUCGAUCGCGACCUCCCGGUUGCCUUGUUCAUGACAUCGAUUGACUGCCUCUCGGCUGCAGUUCUUAUCAUGAUUGGUGCCAAGUACCUCGCUGCUGUCAUCCCUGUUGCCUUAAUCUCUCUCUACUGCUUGCAAGCCUUCUAUCUCAGAACGUCCCGCCAGAUGCGGUUUCUCGAUCUACAGGCUCAAGCACCACUUUUCAACAAACUGGUUGAAACGAUCGACGGUCUAUCAACAAUUCGGGCUUUCGGUUGGCGAAGCGAAUUCCGUGAGUCAUCUCUUCAUCUACUGGAUCAGUCGCAGAAGCCGUACUACCUCCUCUUCUGCAUCCAGAGGUGGUUGACUCUGGUUCUCGAUAUCUUCGUUGGAGCAAUCGCGAUUCUUCUAGUCUCGCUGGCCAUGAUGAUCCCCGACUCGACAAGUACGGGUGCCAUUGCCAUCGCCUUUUACAAUGUGCUCAGCUUCAAUGAGACUUUGGCAACCCUCAUCACCUCCUGGACGGAACUGGAGACAUCGCUUGGCGCCAUUUCGAGGCUGAGGGAAUUCGAGUCGAAGACGCCCUAUGAAGCAUCGCCCGCCGAGGGAGAGCAGAAGAAUAUUCCGCCUCUAUGGCCUUCACAUGGCAGACUUGAAAUCAAGAACAUUACGGCGUCAUACUCCACCGACACCAAACCAGCUCUGCAAGAUGUUUCCUUAUCCCUCAAUCCUGGCGCCAAGGUUGCCAUUUGUGGUCGCUCAGGCAGCGGUAAAUCAUCUUUAACUCUAACUCUUUUCAAGCUCUUGAGCUUGGACGCAGGCUCUAUCAUAAUUGAUGGAGUCGACAUCUCACGGGUUCCUAACGAAUUUCUCCGUCGUCGCCUCAUCGCUAUUCCCCAAGAGCCUUUGCUCUUCCCAGGAACGCUGAGAACAAAUCUGUUUCCUUACACCGAUGAUCUUAGCCCUGACGAGAUACCUUCAGACGAAUCACUUAUCUCCGCGCUGACCAAAGUCUCACUAUGGCAAACGAUUUCUGCUAACGGUGGUCUCGACGUCGAUGUCUCCAGUCUGGCACUUUCAAAGGGGCAGAAGCAGCUCUUUUGUCUCGCUCGGGCAAUUGUACGGAAGCACUCAAGCAAAAUCCUGAUUCUUGACGAAGCUACUAGCGCUGUUGACCAAGAAACCGAAGAGACAAUGUCUCGAAUCAUUGAGACGGAGUUUUCUUCUCAUACAGUAAUCUCCGUUGUUCAUCGACCACAAGCACUUCGUGGCAUGGAUAUGGUGGUGACGCUGCAAGGAGGGAAAAUACUGAAGAUUGCAGCACCUGAACUUUGA